AUGUCUUUCCUCCCCCCCAACAACAAUGACAACAACAACACCUCCGGUUACGCUCCUCCGGGAGCCAUUGACCUCUCUGGCGGCGUUCCUGAGCAGGACGUCGCCAUGGGCGGUGUCCCCCUCGAUGGAGACACCGGUCCAGUCGCUCCGGCGACCGCUCCUACCGGAGCUUCGGCGUCACCUGGAAACGGUGAUAGCCUGACCGCACCUGAGAAUGGUGCGGAUCAAACCGAGACCUCCCACGGCACCCCCGAUGGCGAGGACUCUGACAAGGAGGGGGCCGAUGAGGGCUCCCAGUCAGACUCGACCGACUCCGAUGCAAUGGAGGUCGAGGUCGAUGUCGCCGUGUACGUUCCCUGGGAUGUACAGUGUGACGCCUCGCUCGAGGAGCGAGUGGAGGGGUUCGAGCGCUGGCGAAGCUGGUACUUGAACAACUUCAAGACAAACAAGGUCAACUGCCAGACCUGCGGCAAGGAGCACGGCGGUGUCUGCAUCCGCCCCGACGUGCUCAAGCGCGCCUUCGACUCCGGCAAAGCUCUCGUUAGAGAGCUUCGCGGCGAGAACAAGAACGCUGCUGCGAAGAAGCAGCAAGAUCAGCAGCAGGCAGCUACCACGCGCUGGAAAGCCAAGGCCAAGGCCGCUGAGGCGAAGUUGGGUGCCUCCAACUCCAACAAGACCGGCCAGGCCGAGAGCUCUUCGGCUGGUGCCAAUCGUCCCCGUGGUCCUACUACCAAGAUCACUCCUUGCCGCUUCUGCGGCCGCAACCACGUCCCAAUUGUUGACAAUGGGAAGCCCAACUGCAAAGCUCCCAAAUGCAGGUGGAAGGGUUGCGGCCUGCAUCACUACCAGGCAGAGGGCUGCGACGCUGCGCAGAAUCGUUUACUGCAGGCAGGCGUGUCUAAGACAAACCUGGGUCACCGCCCCGCAGCAGCUCCUUCGGCGGCAGCUGUUGGAACCACCGCCUACGUGAGGGGCAUGCUCGGCUCUGGUGGUUUCCAGGGAUUCAUGGAUCCUGCCGCGAUCCAUGCUGAGGCUGCCAGACAACUCGCUGAGAUGGCGUCCCCGGGCUCUUCACGUACAUCUAAACCCAAUGGUAAGGGUAAGGGUAAGAAGCGGGAACUGUCCGACGACGAGGACAAGGACAAGUCGAACAAGAAGCCAAAGGAGCAGUAG